AAGACAAUGUCGCAUACUUCUGUAUCUAUUGCUGAUUCACUUCUCUCCGGUGGUCGUUGAUUUUAUGAUACAUGAAAUCGAUGCUUAAUUAGUCUAUUUUUUAUUUUGUAAAGUGUUGGAUUGGUAAAAUGUAUUACGUACAGAUAAAGUUUGUUAAAUCAAAUGUAAAAUCAUGUUUGAGUUAAUAGAUAUAUGAAAGCUUUUUUUAUUAAACUAUUUUGUUCUCAUUUUGCAAUUGCAUUUUGUCUAAGUUUGUAUCUCUCAUUAAACUAUUCAGCAAUAUGACAGACUCAAAGGGUAAACAAAGAAAUAACCUGAAAAUAUAAGCGUCGAUAACCGGACAUAUGUAUGUUUGCUUCUGUAUUUCCUAGAAAAUCUUUUAGAGACAUCCUGCUGUUUUUACAUAACGAGUCAGACAAGUUCUUCAUCUUUUCUCCUUCACGCUAUCUAUUUUCUUCGACACUGAGUACUUCUGCAUAUCCACCUAAAAUAUUGAGAAACUAAUCAAUAUCAAUAUACAGGACGUAUCAGGAUAUAAGUUAUCAGCAUGCGCAGAAUGAGCCUUAAAAUUGAAUAAUAUGGCAUAACUAUAAUCACUGUCACAGACAACGUCAUACGAUACCAACAAUACAGUGAUGAAUUUCAAAUUUUCUAUUCAUCAUACAGCAUCAAUAUACAAACUAAUGUAGCCAUCAGGAAUUUGUAGGGAAACACCAGCUAGAAAUGGCAUAGGCCAACCAUUUAACAUAAAACAAAAUAGUGUAUAACCUAUUUUAGUCCCGAAAUGGUAGUGGUCAAGCAAUUUAGUCUCAAAAUUAAUAAUUCUGCAUACGAUAGAGCAGCAGUGUCUGGAUAACCAAACAUCAACCCAUCAGUACCACAUAGAAAGAAAGAUAUUGUUGCAUAGCUUGGUGUGGAGGGAUUUGUAAAAUAAAUGUUCAGCUUCAACCGGAACAUAACAAGCACACUAUUAGAUCGAGAAGGUGUGGCGAUUUAGAUCAUAACACCGUUGCUGAUAGGAUGAUUCCAAAGCAGUGGUAUCAAGGACUAAUUCUUGGAGAAUCCUUAGAGCCCGAUCUAAUCUAUGGAUUCAACUAUUUGUGUUGGAGUCAACGUAGGAAGGCUUCAAUAAUGAUGUUCCAAUGUGGAUCUGUUAUCUCCACUUCCUGUGUCUUCUUUCAUUUUGUGGUUAAUUUGGUUGAUAUGGCGCAGGCUCAAGAUUGAGGAAGUGGUUUUGUUAAAGUGCAAUCGCUCUUUAUAAAUAUUAUGUUUUGCUUGCCUAUCUUAAGGUCAUUGUCCGGUUCUCUUGGGACAGAAGCAUUUCCGCUUCUAAAACCCAAGAGUUAGUUAGUGGCGAUGCGAGAUUCUAAAACGCAUUAUUUUUGGAAGGAUUUCUAGUCUGGUUUUCUUUAGCAGAGGGGUGCUGCUAAUCCUUCUGGCAAUGGUUGAAGUCUUGCUAGCCUUAGCUGGAUUGGAUUUUCAUUUGUAUAGUGCUGCAUGCAUUUUUUCCGUUAGGUGCUUAUAUCUUGGUAUCUUUUGCUUAGUUUUUUAUUGGCCUGAUGUAUUUGAUAAAAGUAGAAUUGGUAUUUGAUAACAGUAGAAUUGAUAAAAAAAAUAACAAGUGGUUCACAUGUGCAUAAUUAUUCAAAUUAUGGACCUUGGUAUAAGUAACAAAUUAUUUUUUAUUAACUAAUUUUCAUAUUUCUUUUUGGUAUUAAUUAAUUGGCAGCUAAGUUUGGUAAUUACCAGGACAUUUCUUAGCAAGCCCCAUUAAAUAUGCAAAUAUUGCUUUUCACUUCAAACAAAAUAUAGUCAUGUUUCUCAAGCUGGUGUUUAUGUUGUUUUUACUUGUUACGUUGGUAGCAAGUAAAGACAACAGUUUCACCUAUAAUGGUUUCCAAUCAUCAGAUCUAGAUCUUGAUGGUACUGCUGAUGUAAUAGAAGAUGGCUUACUAAGACUAACCAAUGAUAACACGCGAGUAACAGGCCAUGCUUUCUAUCCAAAUCCUAUAGUUUUCAAAAAAACUUCUGAUGGAAGGGUGUCUUCUUUCUCAACUACUUUUGUAUUUGCCAUAAGACCUAUAUAUCCAACUCUUGGUGGCCAUGGAAUUGUUUUUGUUGUUUCUCCCACAAAAGGGCUACCAAAUUCACUACCAAGUCAGUACCUUGGUCUAUUCGAUUCGUCAAACAAUGGAAACAGUAACAACCAUGUUUUUGGUGUUGAACUUGAUACUAUUCAAAAUGUUGAGUUUGAUGAUAUCAAUGAUAACCAUAUUGGUAUUGAUAUCAAUGAUUUGAAAUCAGAUAUCUCAACUCCUGCAGGAUAUUAUGAUGGUCAACUCAAGAAUUUGAUCCUUUUGAGUGGCAAUCCUAUGCAGAUAUGGAUUGAAUAUGAUAGUGAAAAAACAAAGAUUGAUGUUACUUUAGCUCCAAUUAAUGUUGUUAAACCAACACGACCUUUGUUAUCAACGACCAAAGAUCUUUCUCCAAUUCUUAACAAUACUAUGUAUGUUGGGUUUUCAUCAGCUACCGGUCUUGUUAGUUGUAAUCAUGAUGUUCUUGGUUGGAGUUUUAAGGUUGAUGGUCAAGUUCAAAACCUUAUAAUCUCUAAACUUCCAACACUAGCAAGAUUUUCUGAGAAAAAAGAGUCAAAAGUUUUAACUGUUGGGUUGCCAUUGAUUUUGCUAAGUUUGGUUUUCAUGAUAACUUUAGGGGUUAUGUAUUAUAUCAAAAGGAAGAAGUUUACUGAGAUUCUCGAAGAUUGGGAACAUGAAUAUGGACCACAUAGAUUUAAGUUCAAAGAUCUAUACUUUGCUACAAAGGGUUUCAAGGAAAAAGGGCUAUUGGGAGUUGGUGGAUUUGGUAGAGUCUACAAAGGUGUGAUCCCAAGUUCCAAACUUGAGGUUGCUGUGAAAAGGGUGUCUCAUGAAUCAAAACAAGGGAUGAGGGAAUUUGUGUCGGAAAUUGUUAGCAUCGGUCGUCUUCGUCACAGGAAUCUUGUUCCUCUUCUCGGCUAUUGCAGGCGAAAAGACGAGUUACUUUUGGUUUAUGAGUACAUGCCUAAUGGAAGUUUAGAUAAUUAUCUUCACAAACAACCAAAAGUGACCUUGAAUUGGUGUCAAAGAUUUAGAAUCAUCAAAGGUGUUGCUUCAGGUUUGUUUUAUCUACAUGAAGAAUGGGAGCAAGUUGUGAUUCAUAGAGACAUAAAAGCUAGCAAUGUGAUGUUAGAUUCUGAAUUUAAUGCUAGAUUGGGAGAUUUUGGACUUUCAAGAUUAUAUGAUCAUGGUGCUGAUCCAGAUACAACUCAUGUAGCUGGAACUGUAGGUUAUCUUGCUCCUGAGCAUACUAGAACAGGUAAAGCUACUAAAUUUUCUGAUGUGUAUGCUUUUGGUGCAUUUCUUCUUGAGGUUGUUUGUGGUAGGAGGCCUAUAGAUCGUGUAGGAAAAUAUGAGAGUGUUAUUCUAGUUGAUUUUGUGUUUGAAUGUUGGAAAAGAGGAGAGAUUCUUGAGGCAAAGGAUGUAAACUUAGGAUCAGAUUAUGUGUCUGAUGAGGUUAAAUUGGUGUUGAAACUUGGCUUGUUGUGUUCACAUUCAGAACCUUUGGCUAGACCAAGUAUGAGGCAAGUUAUGCAGUAUUUGGAGAGGGAUAUACCUUUGCCUGAUUUGUCUUUGCUUAGUUUAUCUUCUUUUGGAUUAACAUUUGGGUACCAAGAGCAAGAAGUUGUCAAGGAUAAGACAAUGUCACAUAUUUCUGUGUCUGUUACUGAAUCACUUCUCUCUGGUGGUCGUUGAUUUCAAGAUGCACAUGUAAUUUCAGCUGCGGUCGCGGAUGUGAUUGUGGUUAAAAUAGCUGACAAAUGUAUUAUUCGAGAUUGUUGGUUUAUUGUAGUGUCGAUAUGGUCCGAUGUAGUGUCAAUCAGCUUCCAUUUCGGCCGUCAUUUGAGAUUUCACUUUAUACCACAAAAAUUGCAUUCCGAUGCAGUUGCGGUGCCACCUGGCCGCAUCCACAUUAUUGUGGGUGCAUCAGGUGAUGCAGUCCGCAAUUCGGAACCAUGAAUCAAAUGUAAAAUCAUGUUUGAGUUAAUAGUAUAAUAGAUAAAUGAUAGCUUUAUUGUAUCUAAGUUAAUAUCUCAUGAGUAGGAGAAAGAAACUACAAUUUUU